AUGACGUACGAUAGCCUUAUGGUAAGCCAGUACAUAUGCCUGGACUUCGUCAAUGCCAUCAUCAGUAACAGAUCUGUCACCCCUGCAUUGCCCUACGUAGCCGUGUAUGCACAUGCGCCUGGGAAAUUACUCCGUGCCGUGUCGGUACAUGUGGGGUGCAUGGACCACUUCUCUUUUCAAAGUCGAAAUAGAGCUGACAUCGUCUUACUCCGCGCCGGACCCGGCUGUCUUUCCUCGACGGCCUGUUGGCACCAAGAAGCUUCCAUGAGCCCCUUAUCCGCGAACGGGUUUUCUGAAUAUCUUAUGCAUUCGUAA